GCGUCAACAGCCACCUGCUCCCAGCCAGAGAGAGAGGGAGGAAGAGAGAAACUGCUGGGAACCCCCUAGGACCCUCCUGCUCCUCCUCCCAGCCCAAUCUCCUCCCCACCCCAUCCUUGGGAGAAAGCCUCCUCUGCCAGAUGCAUCUAUAUGGUCAGGACAGUGGUCGAUACACAAGCAUCUAAUCUCCAUCCAACACUUUUGGUGACGGAUCUAAGGAUGUGACAGGCCCAUUCAAUUGGGAAAAAAUGGAGGCAAACAACCAUUUUAAUUUCACUGGCCUUCCCUCUUCACCUGCUGCCUCAGGGCUGAAACCUGCGCCUUCCUCAGGGGACAACGUCUACACAAAUGGAUCUCCCAUGAACUUCCCCCAGCAAGGGAAAAGUUUGAAUGGAGACAUGAAUGUUAAUGGCUUAUCUACUGUAUCUCAUGCUAGUACUUCAGGGACCCGCUCCUCAACCAACUCCCACCUCCACCAUCCCUAUGACUAUCUCUGGAACUACUCUCAGUACCCAUCUGGCAAUGGCAACAACCUCAAGGACAGCCCACUCUUCUCCCAGUACCCACUGAACGGAAUUGUUGGGGGCAAUCGACAAGGCUCGCCAGGGAACACCACCAAUCUAAGAGGAGGCAGUGGACAAGAGUUCUGGGCCAAUGGCACCACAGGGGUCAUGGGACUAAACUUUGACUCAGCAGAGCUCUAUGACUCUUUCCCUGAUGAUCAGAACUUUGAACUUCUGCAAAAUGGUCCAUCUAGUUUCUAUACAUCAUCUCAGCCUUCCCCCAUGCUUGGCUCAGGAAGCCAGGGCUUCUCUCCGCAGCAGGAUGAACCAGGCAGUGAGGAGACUGUGAAAGAAACUACGUCUACUGUCCCAGAAAAUGGCACCAGCCUGUUGGGCAGCAUGGAGCUGGAGAGCACGCAGACAGACUUAAAAAUGUGUGGCUACAAUGGAUCUUCUCCAGUUGGGGAACCUCUCAGCCAGGAAGCUUCUGUCUUGAUACCUGAUUCUGGAGGCGGUUGUCUAGAAGAUUCUUCUCGGAUCCCUCCUCCCAUGGAAGACCCCUUAGAGCCCUUCGAGUCAUUAGACAGAGACCCAGGGACAGGAGAUCUCUAUGAGAUGGAUACAUCAGAGCUGGUGAGCGGCAAGUCUCCUCUAGAGGAGCCUCCUGACAUCUCUGCCCUGGAUUGUCCUGGCAGCCCCUCUCUCAACCACACAGAUUCCUUCAGCCUAUUGGCAGAUGAUAGUCAGCCUGACACUUCACUCUUUGGAAGUACCAAUUUGCCCCCUGUUCUUGGAGAAUCUGUUUUGCAAGUCUUGCCUUCAUUUGCUGCAGAAAGCAGCCUGGAGCUGACUAGUGUGAGCGAAGUUGGGCAAGAGGGCACAGAACUUCUGGACUCACAAGCACCGCUUGAACCCGAGACUGUAGAUGCUCCUGUGGGAAAAGCAGCCAACAGCAGCUGCCCAGAGGAGACUGCAUCCACAAUAGACGAGGACAACAAAGAGACCUCCACACUCAAUAUAUCGGCAAAAAGUGAUACCCCAAGAAGGCGGAUAGCAACGGCAGAUGAGGUGUGCUACCCCUUAAAGCAUGGGUGGAAAAGGGAGGUGCGCAUCAAGAAAGGCAGCAGCCGCUGGCAGGGAGAGACUUGGUACUAUGGGCCCUGUGGCAAGAGGAUGAAGCAGUUUCCAGAGGUGAUAAAGUACCUGAGCAGAAACACUGUGCAGAAUGUUCGCCGAGAACACUUCAGCUUCAGUCCCCGGAUGCCAGUAGGAGACUUCUUUGAAGAGCGGGAUACCCCUGAGGGCCUGCAGUGGGUAAAGUUGACUCCUGAGGAAAUCCCCUCUCGUAUCCAGGCCAUCACAGGCAAGCGUGGACGGCCCCGCAAUACUGAGAAAGCCAAGGCUAAGGAACUGCCCAAGGUGAAACGUGGCCGGGGCCGGCCUCCCAAAGUGAAAGUGCCUGACCUGCUAAGCAAGACGGAUGCCCGGGUUCUGAAAAGACUGGGAGCCCAAGAGGUGCUCAGUGAUGAGGAUAAGCUGAAGAUGAGCAAGAUCAAGAAGAAAAUGAGGCAAAAGGUACAAAAUAAGCAGAAGCAGGAAGUCAAGGCACCCAAGUCCAAGGAGGUCAAGCCUAAGGAAGUGAAAAAGAAGCCUAAGGUAAAGAAAGAAAACAAUAAGAAGCCAGAAAAGAAUAAGCCAGAGAAGCCAAAGGAGAAGGUGAAACUGAAAGAAAAGUUGAAGCCCAAGGAAAAGAAGCUUGCGGUAUCAGCCAAGGUUCCCCGGAAGGUGGAUAAGAAUCUCCUCGCCCAGCGGCGCCAGGAAGAACGGCAGCGGCAGCAAAUGAUCCUAGAAGAGAUGAAGAAGCCCAUUGAGGACAUGUGUCUAGGAGACCACCAGCCUCUGCCAGAGUUUUCUCACAUCCCUGGACUGGUUCUGCCCAGCCAUGCCUUCUCAGACUGCUUAGCCAUCGUGGAGUUCCUACACAGCUACGGCAAGGUGCUGGGUUUUGAUGUAGUCAAGGAGGUUCCCAGCUUGAGCACCCUGCAAGAGGGACUCUUCAACGUAGGAGAUAGUUUGGGCGAAGUGUUGGACCUCCUGGUGAAGCUGGUGAAAGCUGCACUGUACGACCCUGGCCUGCCGUCCUACUGUCAGUCACUGAAGAUCCUUGGUGAAAAGCUCUCUGAGAUAAGCCUGAAUCGUGACACUGUGUCAGAGGUCCUUCGCUGCUUCCUCAUGGCUUAUGGGGCAGAUGAGAACCUGUGUGAUAGCUUGCGCACUAAACCCUUCCAGGCACUGCCCCCAGACAGGAAGGCUGCUGUCUUGGCCUUCCUGGUCAACGAACUCAACAGCAGUGCCCUUAUCAUCAAUGAAAUUGACAAGACUUUGGAGAACAUGUCCAACCACAGGAGAAACAAAUGGAUCAUCGAGGGGAAGUUGCGCAGAUUGAAGAUUGCUCUAGCCAAGAAGACAGGACGACCUGAGUCGGAAAUCUCUGUCUUGGAGGAGGGGCGAUGGCGGCGGAGCUUACGCAUCACUGAGGAGAAUGAGGACAUGGAAAUAGAGGAGAGGAGCAGAGCAUGCAAGGCCCGGAAAAAUGAUGAGAAUGAUACUCCAGUUUCCAGUGUGCCUGAGCUGGAGAGGCAAAUUGAAAAGCUUUCCAAGCGCCAGAUGUUCUUCCGCAAGAAGCUGCUCCAUGCCUCACAGCUGUUGCGGGCUUCAUCACUGGGGCAGGACAGAUAUCGGCGCCGGUACUGGGUACUGCCCCACCUGGGUGGGAUCUUUGUAGAAGGUUGUGAAGCCUCAACAGCAUCUUCCCUGGAGGUGCCCAAGAAGGCUGAGGCCCUGAAGGAGGAAGAAUGCGAGGCCUCCUCCAUCAAGAAGGAGAGCGCUGAGACACCACUUACCGAUUAUGUGAACUGCACGACUUCCCGGUCGUGGAGCCGGCCAUGGAGGGACAGUGUGGGUCUAGUGGAGCCGGAACCUCUGCAGUCCAAGUUGCCUGAGCCUACGCCCAUGUCCGUCAAUGGAUUUUUGGAGGAUUCUGUGGCCCUGGGCCAGUCCCAGCAUGACCUCAGUCAGUCAGCCUUUCUGUCCUGGCUGAGCCAGACGCAGCAGGCAUCCUCGUUGCUCAACAGUUCUGUGCUCACCCCAGACAGCAGCCCUGGCAAAGGGGACACAGCACCUUCCGAGGACCUGCCAGACUCUGCAGCGGAGGAUGAAAGUGCCACAGAAACGCAGGUUGCCUGGUUCAAUCUGCUGCCCAGGGCACCCUGCAAGGACUCUCCCCUGGCUACCUCCAUUGACCAAUCCUCUCUAAAAGUUGCCCCCCAGUUGGGAAAACCCUCUACCAGGGACCAGCCAAAGGCCUCAGCCCGGCAGCUGAAUGGCCUCUCCACAGGCAGCCCAGCAUUGCCACCGCUGGCCUCCACUCCUCUGCAUUCUGGCUCUAGGAUCCACAGCACUUGCUCCAGAGCCAAGGACAUCCCCAGUAAGGCCCAGGAGACUCCAGGACAGCCCAGACGACGGGGGCGCCCCCCCACGAAACUGUUCAAGCAGAUUGAGCAGAAAUACUUGACACAGCAGACAGCACAGCCUAUCCCUCCAGAGAUGCAGAGUGGCUGGUGGUGGCUGCAGGAUCCAGAAGAGCUGGAAGCUGUGGUACAGGUCUUACACCCACGAGGGAUCCGUGAAAAGGCCCUGCACAAGCACCUCACCAAGCACAAGGAGUACCUACGGGAGGUGUGUGCCCGAGCGGCCAAUGAUCCCAUCUUCCAGACUCACCCAGAGGGCACCAGCUACCCUGUCUCUCAGGAAGCCUUGGUCCAGUGGUCAAUGGCUGAGCAGGCCUUUGAGACAGACCUGUCUGUGCUGCAGUGGGUGGAGGAGCUGGAGCAGCGGGUGCUCAUGGCUGAUCUACAGAUCCGGGGCUGGACAAGUCCAGAUCCUGGCUCUGUUCGCAAUGACUUGCAGUACUGUGAGCACAAGCUGGAGCUUCUGGAAGACAUCACCAUAAAAAACAGACGUGAAGGACCAGCCCUGCUGCGUGAAACUACCCACCCUCUAGACCUAGCUGUGCUCCGCCUGGCAGAUCUGGAGCAGAAUCUGGAGAGGAGAUAUCUCCGAGAGCCCCUCUGGCCCCCACAUGAGGUGGUGGUAGAAAAAGCUCUGCUAAGCAGCCCCAGUACACUUGACCUGGGGGCCACAGAGAUUACGUAUGAGAUCACGCCUCGUAUGCGGACAUGGCGCCAGACCUUGGAAAAAUGCCACAGUGCGGCCCAAGUCUCUCUGUGCAUCUACCAGCUGGAACGCUCAAUCGCCUGGGAGAAAUCGGUCGUCAGAGCGACCUGCCUAGUGUGCCGAAAAGGGGACGAUGAUGAGAACCUGCUGCUUUGCGACAGCUGCGACCGUGGCUGCCACCUCUACUGCCACCGGCCCAAGAUGACGGAGGUGCCACCUGGGGACUGGUUCUGCUCCCUCUGCAUUGCUCAGAUGCAAGGAGACUUCCAGGAUGACUAUGGCUCUCUUCGGCGGGGCAAGAAGCGGAAAAAUGGAAGUUCUGUGACUUUGGGGGUGAAGGAGGAGCUUAGCCCUCGAUCCCAGGCAGCAACAACCCAACAGCGCAGUAACCUAGCCAAUGUACCGCCCCGAUAUUCAGGCGAAGGCCUCUCUCCCUCCAAGCGAAGAAGAGUGUCCACGCGAGGCCAGAGUGCUGACCUCACCUUCUGCGAGAUCAUCCUGAUGGAGAUGGAAUCGCAUGAAGCCGCUUGGCCCUUCUUGGAACCAGUUAACCCCCGGCUAGUGCCUGGCUACCGCAAAAUCAUCAAGAAUCCGAUGGACUUUGCCACCAUGAGGGCACGGCUGCUGCAGGGCGGGUACACAAGCUGCGAGGAGUUUGCUGCUGAUGCUGCCCUGGUGUUUGACAACUGCCGGACCUUUAAUGAGGAUGAGUCGGAGGUGGGCAAGGCAGGGCUGGUCAUGCGCCAGUUUUUUGAGAGCCGGUGGGAGGAGUUUUAUCAGGGAAAACAUGAGACAACCCCAUGAAGCUGGCAGAUCGGGGGAAAGUGAGAGGAGCCGGUGGGGAAGCCCCUCCCCUUUUACCCUGUGCUGCACACGGUCUCUUCUGGAGCUCAUCUUGCUACCUACUGAUUUGUCCCCUCCCCACUCCCCCAUGACUGGACUCGGAUUGGCAUUUAACAAAGGGGCAGCCUUACUUGCUGCCUGCAUCCUCAGAAACCCUCCUCUCACCUCUUCGCUCCAAGCAACACGAACUCUCUGACUGUGUAAGCCAAAAAAAAAAAAAAAGGUUUUCUUUUCUCAAAUGGAAAAACCACCACCCAUAACCCCACCUUAGCUGGGGCUAUUUAAUAAUAGCAAUAGUUCUUAGUGAAUGUGUAAGAACACUUCUUUCUGUGCAGUGUCAGUACCAUGCAUUAAUGGCCAGUAAUGUGGACGUUAAGUUUUCCUCCUUUUUAGAGUUGCAUUGAAACAUGUACAAGCAGAUUACUCCUGUCUCUGGGAAUGACAACCUUGAUGACACUGAAACAUGCUGCUUUUGUUCCCCCACCCCCCCACCCACCCCAGUUCUGUCUCUCAACCUUGCUUCCCCCUUCUGUAUGGUUGCCACAGUUGUGGCAAGCCUAUUCCUCUGACUUCCAGUCUCCUUUCUGAAACUGAGUAUAGUUUGGAGCUGGUAUAUACUUUGCAAAGGAAUGGGGUGUCUAGGGACUCUGCCUGUAGGGGUGCAGAUGCAAGCUGCUGCGCCCCGCUUCAAGAGUUUUGUUCUGUUUCAGGGCAUCUGUUUAGCCACAUGUCCCCUUUCCCCAGGAUGGUCCCUAACUUGAGCCCUUUAUCUGGAAAUGGGGUGUUAGGUUCCCCGAGUUAAUCUAGAUCAGCAAUCCCCAUUUGCACACACAUUUGCUCAGAAUUGUUUUAUUCCAGGUUUUGUUUCUAAGGGAGUUGAACAAAAUGGGAAUAAUCCAGAGCAAGUGUCCACCAAGGAUAGGCUCUCAACCCGAUCACAUUUUUGUCUAGACAUGCAGACCCCAGCUAAGCCAGAGUAACCUUCCCUCUGUGCUCCCCUCCCGCCAUCCUCCACAGGGAACACUUCAGUGGGGGCAGCUCAUGAACUGAGCAGACUCUUCUCUGCUGUGAGAAUCGAGCUCAUUUUCACCCUGAUGGUGGGUAACAUGCUGCAAUGUAUCACGAGGCUGCAAGGGACCAAAGUACAGGAGUGUGCAGGACUGGGGUCAAGGGAGAACUGCGUUUUGGGAGGAAGGCACAGCAUUUUGGAAUGCCCCCUUUCUAGCUCUUCAGGAAUUGUGGAGAUCACAUCAUGGUAUCCUGACUUUAUGGCGUGCUUCCCUACCCACCCCAGCAUUAUUCCUCAGGGAUGGCUACCGUCUAAAAAGCUUGAUCUGCUGUCUGUCUGUGUGUGGUGGGAAUGCUUGUUUCCUGUCUUGGAACAGGACUCCCAAUUGAUUGUAAUGAUUUCCUGCCUAAGAAGAAAGAUGUGGGAUUAACCCCCUUAGGAGCACAGCUUUCCCUCCUCUAAUAGCUAGCCAGACCUCAAAUUUGGUGACGAGCAAGAUGGCGGAGAAUUGUCACAGUUUCCAUCUCCUUCAUGUUAGCUUCCUGUUUCCUGACCAUGCUUUUACCAUGCAAGGUCUAAAGUGCUGGUGCCUUUGGUUAUUAUUCAUGGGAUUUCAGUGUAGCUUUGGACAUUAAAAGUGAGUGAAGGCAAAGUAGUAAGUCACGUAUCUCCUCCUUGGUGAGAUGCAUGUCAUUGUGGAGGAGAUGUGCAAGUUCCUCCUUGGUGUGUUUAAAUGGGAAGUAUGAAAAGAAGAAGCCAAAGUAAUCCAUGCUUAAUCUGUCAUCAGCUUUGUCCACAGCUGCCCUCUGUCUAAAGAUCUGGAGCUGCUUGUAAGGAUUUCCUUUAGUUUUUGUCUAGAUUUUCUGUGUAGUUAUUAAUUCCCAGAUUAUACUUUUACACACACACACACACACACACACACACACACUUUUAGCCUGUCUUCUAAUUCCACUUUGAACCUCACUGAAUAUUUAAAGGGAGUGAUGUGCUUUUGGAUUUUAUUUUAUUUUUUAAAUCCAUCAUGAUUUUCCUAUGUAGGCAAAGUAUCUGUUGCAGUCCACCACUACUUGUGCCAGAGCCAGCCAAACCCAGAACUUUGUCUUGUCUUGUUACGAAGCUGGCUGAGCAAGAAGCCACCUGUGCAGAGGGCCUGCCUCGGCCAUGGCUUUCUGGCUGCAGGGCGUGAUUGAACAGCAGGCACAAUCCACGGAGAAUGCCUCCUGCACAGCCUUUAUGGAGAGGCAUGGGAGCUGUGUGAGCACGUUGGGAGUGCUGUCCAUGUACUGGUGGACUGAGCUGUGUUCAGUAAAAGAGAAGCCUGAUGCUAAAAGAUGUUCCUCCCGUCACAUAGCUGCAGGUGUCAGAAUUAGGACUUCUGGUGCCAGCCAUUUGCCAGACAGGAAUCGCUGUGAGUGAACCCAGAACACCUGUUCAGUCCCUCCCUCCAUCAUCUGUCUCUUAGCUGAAGCAAGAGGGGAAUAGAGAGAAGCUUCUUUACAAGUUAUUUUAAUUUAGGUGGCUGCUCCUCAGCAACAGAGGUCCCUGUGGCACCUAUUAAGCAUCAAGAGGAACUAGCUGUCUUGUAGCUCCCAUUGCAGCAUCUCUCAUCAGUCAUCUUGCCAUGGUAUACAAAUACCUGCCUAGCGAUCUGUAUUCCAAGUAAUAAUAUGAUCUUGGAGCGUACAGCUCCUGUUGCUGAGCAGUGGUUUCUAGGGAGACUGCUGUCCAGAGAAUCUGAUUCACCAGACCUGUACUGCUCAGGAGUCAUGGGCUUUGAGACCCCUUCUAUCCUGUUCCACCCCUGCUGCGCUGAAAUGGGGAUACUGCUGCUGGUAGUUCUCCAGUUUCUGUUCCAGGAUGCCGGUCCAAUAUUCCCUACCUGGGCCGGAAACGUGGAGGGAUGUGGAAGAGAUCAGAGAAAACUUUGAUUUCCCCCCCACUUUUCUUCCACCACUUCAAAUGGAUCAGAGGGGCGGAAAGCCACCCCCUGGAACCUUAACUCCCUUGCUGCUUCUCAUAUCCAGCCUAGCUCCUCAAACCAUUGUAAUUACGGGUAUCACUUAGGGGCAGAUAAAUGGCUGGCAGGGUCCCAUCAGGAGAUGGCUUUCCCCCCUCAUAUCCAGCUGUGCUACAUCUGAGUGAGGUGUAUGUGUGCGUGCGCGCAAGCGUGUGUGUGUGUGUGUGUGUGUCCCUACCCGCGUUGACCAAUCCAAUUGCAAGAGCACUGAUGUAAGUAAAAUGUACCACAGGUGAUGUAACCUGGAGACUGAAACCUCCCUUACUGUGCUUCCUCCACCCCAGCCUCAAUUCCCCCCCAACCCGCCCCAAUUGUUUUCAACAAAACGUAGCCUUUUUCUAUCAAAUAACCUCAAACUUUAUUUUAUUUUACAUUUUGGGAUUUUUUUUUUUUUUUGCUUUUAAAAUAAAGAGGUAGAUUUGAAGUCUAUUUGAAACUGACUUUAUAUUAUGCAUAAAUAUUUAUAUUUUAUCUAAACUUGUGCUGUAACAAACUUGUUUUUGGUGGGUUUUUUUAAAGUAAUUUUUUUUUCUUCUGAUCUGUUGGGAUUUUAUCCUCAGUCAUGGGAAAGCUCUAGAGUUUUGGAAGUGUUAAUUGUUCUCAGUUUUGUUUUUGUUUUUCUAGAAAGAUGUUGACUUUUUAGCUUCAAACCCUCACACCUUAAAAAGAAUGAAUCCAGGUUUGUUGUAGUCUUGAUCUUCAUUAGGUGAUGCGCUAUGGUCUUACCAAUUUAUAAAUACUUCGUUGUUUUUGAAAGUUACAUGGAUUCCUUUUAACUGACUUUAAUAAUUACAACUAGAAUUGGCCUUAUCAUUCAACUACUGGCUUUUUCUUCCCCUUUCAUCUUGAUUUGAUAUCAGAAAAAGAUCAAUCAACCAACCCAUCAUCCUGUGAGAUGCUCUGAACAGCAGGAAGGGAGGGGGGAUCAGACUUUUUAUAUGAAUAACCAAAUGUGUUUGUUUUAGUGAACUUUUGAUAAUGUACAGUUUUUUGUGAAUUUAAAUUGAUUUCUUUCUAUAUUUUUAGGACCAACCUCAUUUUUAAUAAGGUUUAAAUGGAAGGGAAAAAAAAGUCUAGAAUUCCUGUUUGUUUUCUUGUGAUGUUUCCACAAGUACAGAUGUUAGAGUGCUUGUCAAGUUUCAAAGAAUAAACAAAAAACAACCCGCAUUUGAUAGAGAAGCAUGUGCUUGAGGAUGUCGGCUUCUUCUUGUAAUGGGAAUUCAGUACUAGCUAAGCAUUAAAUCACAGUGGGUCAUCCUC